AUGCGGAAUAGCCACUUCAGAGAGAAGAGCAAGAGCCUCAUCCUCGUCGGCCAGCGCGUCUGGGUCUUCCAGUCCUGGUGGGUCGUCUGCACGUUCGGCACCUUCGGCAAGUUCUACGUCCUCAUCCACCUGCUCUUCUUCGUCGUUUACG